AUUAUUAUUAUUUAGAUAAUGAAUUGUUUCUUCAAGUUAUAUGAUGCGAUCGCCAUUAAAGGCUUUUCCUUCAAAACCAACGACCGGAACUCCUGUCUCUGUGUCUUCUUCCUGACUUGAUGGUUGUGCGCAUCUCACCGACCGGGAAUACCGAUUUCUGAACAUUUCGGCCUUUUUUUCCUGCUGCACCGUAAGCUGUGUUUUCCUGCGAGCUGCUGCAAAGCGGAGCGGGUUGCACCGGCGUCGCGGGGUUAAAGUGAAAGAUUAUAGCCUAUCGGUCAGUAUUAUGACAGACGGAGAUGACACACAUCCAGAAGGAGCCGUGUUUGUUUUGUAUGGCGAAAUGAGGCAGGGGGUGGAGAGUCGCCACAGAGACGCUGGGCUCCGGCCAAACAUCACCGCAUUUUAGCACUUAUUCGAUGCUCGGGAUUUGCAUUGCAUUGCAUUUGCUGCAUCGUUGAUCGGCCGUAUUUUUGCAAAGUGCAUGGUGGAAAUGCAGCUUGUUUGAGGACACCCCCCUCUUGAAAAUCAUUGCUGCCAUGAUAGGCAGAGGUCUCCUCUCGACCACGGCUCAGCCGGUUGGAGAAGAGGCAGAUUGAUUUGGGACGGUGGGUCACAUCUGCGGAUGUUAUUCCGUCUGUGGAGCCUGUAAAUAUCAUCCGCGCAAAUACACCGUGAUUCUUACUCAGGGAAAAAGGAGAAAGAAAACAACAUGUCUUCUCGAUCUGCAUUACCGUCUGGGAACGACAGGAGUACUGGAGACCAUCAUGUGUCGCUGGGGGCGAGCCGUGCAGACAAGGCCACCAGCCAGUCCAGCCGCUCGCUGGGCGCCCGGUGCAGGAACUCUAUCGCCUCCUGCUCUGACGAGCAGCCGCACAUCGGCAACUACCGUCUGCUCAAGACCAUCGGCAAGGGAAACUUUGCCAAGGUCAAGCUGGCCCGCCACAUCCUGACGGGCAGGGAGGUUGCAAUAAAAAUCAUUGACAAAACUCAGUUGAACCCAACCAGCCUACAAAAGCUCUUUCGGGAGGUACGAAUAAUGAAAGGCUUAAAUCACCCUAACAUAGUGCAGCUGUUUGAGGUGAUUGAGACAGAUAAGACCCUUUACCUAAUCAUGGAAUACGCCAGUGGAGGUGAAGUGUUUGACUACCUCGUGUCUCAUGGGAGAAUGAAGGAGGUUGAAGCCAGAGCCAAAUUUCGACAGAUAGUAUCCGCUGUCCACUACUGCCACACGAAGAACAUUGUCCACAGAGAUUUGAAGGCGGAAAACCUCCUGCUGGAUGCCGACGCCAACAUCAAGAUCGCAGACUUCGGCUUCAGCAACGAGUUCACACUGGGCAACAAGCUGGACACGUUCUGUGGCUCGCCGCCCUACGCUGCCCCAGAGCUUUUCCAGGGAAAGAAGUAUGAUGGGCCUGAGGUGGAUGUCUGGAGUCUGGGAGUAAUCCUCUACACGCUGGUCAGCGGCUCACUGCCCUUUGAUGGGCAGAACCUGAAGGAGCUGAGAGAGCGUGUGCUGAGGGGAAAGUACCGCGUGCCGUUCUAUAUGUCCACAGACUGUGAGGGGAUCCUUCGCCGGUUUCUGGUGCUCAACCCCGCCAAACGCUGCACCCUAGAGCAAGUCAUGAAGGACAAGUGGAUAAAUACAGGGUAUGAGGGAGAUGAGCUGAAGCCCCAUAUAGAACCUGUUGAGGACUACAGUGAUCCAGCUCGCAUUGAGGUGAUGGUUGGGAUGGGCUUCACUCCAGAGGAAAUCAAGGACUCUCUGCUCAAUCAGAAAUACAAUGAGGUCACAGCCACCUACUUACUGCUGGGCCGCAAAGGCGAUGAGGGCAGUGAGGCUCGCACAGCUAGUAGCCUGUCCCUGGCAAGGGUUCGACCCAGCCCCAUCACCAACGGGACCAACAAGCACUCCUCAGCCACUGGCUCCUCCUCUUCUUCCACCUCCUCCUCACAUAGCAAGACCCAGCGCAGUGCCUCCACUUACCACAGGCAGCGGCGGCACAGUGACUUCUGUGGGCCUUCCAUGCCCGUCAUGCACCCCAAGCGGAGCCCGACCAGCACGGGCGACCGGGAGCUGCGGGAGGGACGAAUGCCUUCACGUAAGGCCAGUUGCAGUGUGAUGGGGAGCCACAGCCUCCCUCCCUCCAGCCCAAUGGUCAGCAGUGCCAACAACCCCAAUAAGUCUGAGAUCCCAGAUCGCCGCAAAGACAUGACUGCCACCACAAAUAAUAUCCCUGGAAGCGCCAUGACACGUCGGAAUACAUAUGUGUGCACAGACCGCUCGGGCGCUGAUAGACACUCUCUUCUGCAGAACGGCAAAGACAACAGCUCCUUGGGCCACCGCAUGCCUGCAGCCUCUCCCUCCACACUCAGUAUUGCUGGGGCUGGAGCUGCCUCCUCUUCCUCUUCGGACCGAUGCCGUCUGACCCGAGGCUCCACAAUUCGCAGCACCUUUCACGGGGGACAGCUGAGGGAUCGUGGACCGCCAGUUUACUCUGCCCCACCCACAUCACCCACUCUGUCCCAUCACGAUGCCAGCCCCCUGCCCCACGCCCGCACCAGGGCAACCUCCAACCUCUUCACCAAGCUGACCUCGAAACUCACUCGCAGGGUCACAAAUGAAUCUGAGGGAAUCAGGAGAUUUGCGGUCACAAGUUGCCAUCUACCUGGGUAUCAAAAAGCGUCCGAGCCCCGGGCCGUCGGACGUGGCUGGGAUCUGAGAAGCGGUGGGCGGCGGGACCCUGCGGAGGUGGUACUGGCUCUGCGGGAGGCGGCGCUCGGAUGUGGCUGCCAGGUCCACCAUGCCGGCCCCUUUCUGCUCUCCUGUACCCACGGCGUGGCAGGGGGCCGCGUGGCUUUCGAGGCCGAGGUGUGCCAUCUUUCCACGGGCAACUCCGAGACUUCUAACGGGGUGCGCUACACACGACUCUGGGGGGCACCGCUAGCUUUUCGAGACAUUGCCACCCAAAUCUCUAAGGACCUUGAACUUUGAGCAGAGGGUGUGUUUGCGUAUGAGUGUGUGUUUUUGUGUAAGUGAAUGUUGAUUUGUGUGUGUGCAAAUAGUGGGGGUGGAAAUAAUUAAAGGAAAAAAAAGCCGUGAAGGGGUGAGGGGCUGGACCCGAGAGAAAAGACUUCUCCUUCUGUCUCAUUCGUGAUUACCCCCCCUUGCGCACACACAUACGCACACACUCACGCAGAUGCACACACACACCUGACCCGUAAAGUCACAUAGACUGAGGCACCCCCUCUCUACCCAAUCACCCCACUCAGCUCAGCCAACUUCUUCACUGAGCGACUGCACCCACUGGACCUGGAUCAGAUGGAAUCUAGUUGAAUAUUUUUUAUUGCUACUCUAGCCAUAAUGACUCUUAAUUUUGUUAUUUAUUGUUCUGAUCAUUUGUUUUUACCCACUGUCACUUUCACCACUACAGAAAAACCAUCAUCUCUUGUGUACUGGCUGUCAUUGACAAGCCAGUCCUUUUUUUAAAUUGUUCUUUUAUAUGUCACCUUUACGUAUACUGUUCAUUUUCCAUCUUCACAAUGAUUAUCUGCUGACUUUUCGUCACCUGGGGACAAUAACAUGCACAACCGUGGAGAUGGCUAGAUACAGUGGUAAGAAAAGCAGCUGCAGAGGGUUGCAUCGCUUUGAUUCGUGUACAUACAGCAGUGACGACUGCACUGGAUUAAGGUCAGUGGGAGCAGGGUUUACAGGCCUUUGAAGCAGCCAAUCAGAGGCUGACAUGGAACACAAAAACCAAUCAGAGGUUGACUCUAACACUAAUGAGCCAGUGACAUCUUGAGCUUGAUGAACUAGUAGAGUUGUCACCUCUUGUUCACAUUAGUUUCUCCACAGGAGACAAGGAAGAAAUUAAAAAUGUAGAUAAAAUUAGCUGAGAAACAAACCUCUUGGUUAGCUUAAGUUUCAUGCAUCAAAAAAGAUGGCGCAGUCAAUCUCUGUUUUAGAAUUUUAUUGCGUCAAUUAAAUCGAUACAGCUUAUUUGGUUACGUAUUAUAAGGUUAUAUAAUUCACAAACCAUGAUUUUCAUUGAAUAAAUCAUCUAUACUGGCUCUCUAAAAGAGUGAAAUGGACUUGAGAUACCUGCAAGGACAACAUGCACACUACAUGCUGCUCUCUGAUUGGCUGGAUUCAUUGCCUGUCAGCACCGGUCAAUGACACUAAAAAAUGUCCAGAUUUUUCAAAGCAUUUGGAUUUUCCAACCUCCCCCCUCGUUUCAUCCCUUUACCUUUCUUCAAAAGCAUCACACUGAAGACACAACAGCAGUGACACAUACCUGAGAAGAUCUUUCCAACUCAAACCUCAAGUGUUCAAGUCUUUCAAGGUGAUUAUAGCAAGGGUGGGUGACAAAUGUCGUGCAAACCUUGACCUUGAAAGCAGUCAGUCGUCCCACCACAAUAUUAAAGACACUGGUGUAUUUUCAGUGCAAUGCAAUUCUUUGGUUCUAUUUUGUGCCAUGUGAUCUCGCCUCAGUCAUCAUGUCAGUAUGCUGAUGGGAAACAAAAGUGGAUCAGCCAAGUAGCGAAACCUCUCAGACUACACACACACACACAGAGAAACACACACUUUCAAGUGUCCACCCUCUUCUUCUUGUGGCACAGUAUAUAAACGGUUUGUCCAUUAUUGAUGACUGUGGGCUGUGGGGAUCAGGGGGGAGUGUUCUGAAUCUGGAAAAGGCACGAUGAAAGCAGCGUGGAUGAUAUUUUCUUCAGUUUAGUCCGUUGCCUUUAAAGUGAACAACCCCCAGCGCCUUCAUACACUACAUAUUUAAUGUAAAAAAAAAAAAAAAAGAAACAGAAAAAACUGAGAAAGCUUUCUAUUCUCCCUCCCUGUUUUUAGUGAAUAACAUACUGUGAUAUUUACAUAGGCUACAGAGAUCAUGUUGUUUGGCUGCUAAUUUACUGUUAAUACUAUCUCUCAGUUGUGGCUUUGCUCAUGGUGACCCGAAACAACCCCCUUCCCAACCCCCAUUUCCUUUCCCACCCAUGAUAAACUCUCCAAUUCCCUUAAUUUAACAGGGACGCCAUCCCUAGCUGUCCACAUACGUAUGUACCACCAACUUUUUUCUAUUGUCACAAGAAGCGUUUGGCUUUCCUCAGCUCUUUGUUUGAGACCCUGUUUUCUUAUAGGGAAACACUCCGCCAUCAUCCACACUCUCAUGUUGUAGACCCAUUUAUGGCAUCUUCUCAGUCCUGUUUGGUGUGUGCUGUUUCAUGGAGCCCAAUGGGGGAGAGGAGUUUUGACCUGUCCUCCUCCUUAGGGUGAGAAGCAGAAACCAAUAUGGACACCAAGAGUCUGUCCUUGUCCUUUCCCUGGACGUUUCUCAUUGUGGUGUAUAUUAGCAUUAGGUAAUAUAGACCUCAAUGCACUUUGCUUUGACUUGAAUCAGCUCCUUCCAGUGUACCUGUAUAGGUAAUACCCAGAACUAGCCACUGGAGGGCGCCAAUGUCUUAAAUGUGAAACACUUCAAUUUGUGGAUAUUUGCACAGGUACUUUAUUUAUUUUUUAGAAUAAUAUCAUUAAAAAACAGGAUUUAUAUCAGUCAGUUGAUGGCUGUAUAUAAAAUAUAUGAAUAUAGUAUAUAUCUUAGAGCUCAAGGUUUAUUUAUAGCUAGAGCAAAGGAAGUAAUUCUAGUUUAAAGCAGUUUCUGUCAGUGACAAUGGGGAACAAAACCAACCUGCAAUCCUGCAUGACUUCAGAGUUUGGGUUUUAGAGUAAAAAAUGAAACAUGAUGCACACGUAGGAUCGCAAGCUUUGUGAAAUGCAGACACGGUCAAUUUUUAGACAUGAAUUGAUACAAAGAAAAUGGUGCUAGAUGUAGCACCAGGUCCUUUCCCCCUUUCACAAAAAACCAACAGAAAGGUUUGGGUGAAAUACAGUGACUUCACUCCGCCUUGUUUGCUACAGGAUAGGUUCAGUACAUUCAAGAGGGUUUCUGAGUUCUUAGAAGUAUUUAGAUAUGCCAUGAAAUGUACCACAACAUUCAGUGUGUACAAAAAAUGUUGUUUUAGAUCUGGCUAGGACAUUGGGAAUAAAUUGUGCAAUUUUUAUCGGCGGUUCUAUUUUAACCAGAAUUUACAGUGAUCCCAAUUAGUCCCUGACAUGUCGAAAGCCCUAGGUUGCAUUCAAGCCAUAGAAAUGUUACGUCAUUGUCUCCUGAUUGCAAAUAUGAAGUUGUUUGCGAAGCAUUUCAGUGGAAAUUAUUGACAUGAAACAGGCUAAAAAGCAAAUAGCUUAAUGUAAAACAAUUCACUGUUAGCAUAAGAAGGAUGAACAUUGUCUUAAGGUGGAAUCUACUGUGAAAAGAGUUUUUUUGAUUCGAGUGUUGAGUAAAUGCUUGUGUAACUGCUUAGAGACCGUGUGCCACUGGUCUGAUUCAGAUGGUGGAUGGUACAGUAUUACAACCCCAGGGGGCUCAGUAUUUAACAUGCACUGUCAUUUCCAAACUGAUUUUGGAAACAGUUGAUGUUAUAUGCAAAAGAGACAGAAUAACACACAGUUUGACAUAGCUCUACUGUUGAAUUCCACCCCUCAGAAACAAACUGUAAACUGAGAUUGCGUGAUUCUGGUAUAUAAGGAGAACAUGGAGCUGAAGAUUAAUAAAAUUCACAGAUGUUGGCAUUUUUUCCCUCAUUUUGGUGUCUUGUUUUCAUAGUUAUGGCACACAAUCUGAAUAUUUGUCAAUAGUUUUGAUCAUCUAACAAGGUGAGUAUUAAUAUGUGAAGAUUAUAUUUGUUAAGUUCUCAGUAUAGUUGUUCAUGACUUUGAUCUUUUUGACUUUGAGUUUUUCAUGCUGCAAAAAAAGACCAAAAUGGUUCAUUUAGUUGUUUCAUGGGGCACUUUUUUAUUGAACAGGUUCAAUAAUCGUUACUCUUUAUAACAAAAAGUAGGUGAUGCCACGUCAGCUAGGCUAACCCAGCUCAGUGGAGGCUGAUCCCAGGAUGUUACCAACCAACACAGGAGAACUUGAAAAAAAGGACAAAGGACAGAGAAAAGAAAAAAGCUGGAAGGAAGAAAAAGAGGUGGGCAGAGUCAAGAGUCUCUAGGUGAGCAGCUGUUUCCUCUGCAUGCCCAUCAGCUGGCUCGAUUGCACAUGAAUGGUCACGAGAAAAACAUAGGAUUGUCCCUCUUUACUUCUGGGCAGGGAUCAUGCUGUCGAUGGCCUCUCCCUUCUCCAGCUUCUUCUCCAUCUCAAUCAUGAGCUUAACACCAUCAACCACCAGCUGAACCUGUUC